AAAAAGUAUUGACGCGGGCAGAUGUACGGCAUCGAAUAGCUUCUGUUUUUCUCUCCGCAAGACAUUAGUAAUUCCUCUGUAUUUGAAGGAGUCAAGAAACCCAAACAAUCGCAAAGCGCUUAUCAACAUGCAGAACAACAACAAAAAAACGAAGCAGUCAUGGGGGGGAAAACAACAAGAAAAACAAUCACUCGCAUAUUAUCUUUGAACACACUUUAUUUUAUCGUUAUUAUUUUUAUUUUUCACAGUAUAAGCUUUUCAAAACCUGAAAUAAAACCACAACACGACACUGAAAGUACUCCUUUCCGUGUCUUAUUAACCGCAUCGAAUCGUUAUACUGGUUUCACGGUUUGCGGAUGGAUACGUCAAGGGUACACGGGCGUCUGAACUGAAUAAGGCGAGGGAAAGGGACAAAAACCGAGAUUGAUAAACAAGAUAACGACGUUUUUUAGAUACCGACCCCAGAUUCGUAAACAGACAUAAAAAAGCCACUUUUUGACCACUUCGGCGGUCCUAACACACACACAUCGCAGAGGUGUAAUCCGGCCGCGGACGAAGAAAACAAGGAAACGACUGAAAGAAAAAAAAACCCAGGCAGGAGCGCGUUCACGAGAGCGAACGGGCGUCAGCUUCGUGUCUUUUUUUCCCCUCCACUCUUCAACGCGUCCUCCAUUUUAUCUCCUCGCCCAGGCUGCGCCUCACGUGUCCCGGACUUGUGUCUCUCACAUGACCCUCGUGUUUGUCCCCGUGAUCAGCGGCGCCGUCUCCGCGUUUCAAGCGUUGCCGAAUAUCGCGUUUUAAAAAAAAAAAAAAAAAGAGAGAGAAUCGCUCACCUUCAUGGAUAUGCUCGAACAGAGCCUGGACGCUCAGACGAGUCACGAGAAACAGGAAACUGAGGAGGUUGUUCAGUUGCAGGAAGGGGAGGGAGUGGGGACGGAGGAACCGGCGGCGGUUACCAUAGCGAGUACCCAGCAAGCCGCAGUAUUUGCCGACAAUGUCCAGUACCAGUUCCGCACAGAAAACAGCAGUGGGCAGGUGACAUAUCGCGUCGUCCAGGUAACGGACGACCAGUUGGAAUCUGGAGAUGGAGGAGCUGCGGUCAGCGUCGUGUCCACCGCCUUUGCUGGAGCCCAGCAGGCAGUUGCACAGGCUGUUAUCCAGAACCCUUUCAGUAACGGGGGCAGUCCAGCAGGCGAGACGGUCGGGGGCGAGACACGUUUCGCUUACUUCCCGGCUGCUACAGUCAGCGAUGCUACAGCGACCGCAGUUUCAGUGCAAGCAGCCGCCGAUGCCGCUCUCGCACCAGCAGCAGGUCAGUUUUACGUGAUGAUGAGUCCUCCAGAUGUGUUACAAACAGGCACGCCACGGACCAUUGCGCCUCGUACACACAAUUACUCCGCGAAGAUGGAUGGCCCGCGAGCACCACGAGACGAGAGGAGGAGAGCGCAACACAAUGAAGUGGAAAGAAGAAGAAGAGACAAAAUCAACAACUGGAUAGUGACACUGUCCAAAAUCAUCCCAGACUGCAACAUGGACAACACCAAAACCGGAGCGAGCAAAGGAGGGAUCCUGUCUAAAGCAUGUGAUUACAUUCGAGAGCUCAGGCAGAGCAACCAGAGGCUGCAAGAGAGUUACAAAGACGUGGAGAGAAUACAGGUGGAUAACGAGCUCUUAAGACAACAGAUCGAAGACCUAAAGAACGACAACGCGCUACUCAGAGCCCAACUCCAACAGCAUGGCCUUGAAAUCAGUGGAGAAAGCAUUUCGCAGUGACAGGACCGCCGCGCUCAACGAAAUACCCAUGCCUCCACAUAAACCACCUCACAGACUUGAGAUGUUUGUUAACCUGAUAGAAUAUUAAUGCCUAUCUGAUAUUAACCGAAAUUAUCAGAGAAACUAUUGACCAAUAGGUUCGAAGCACAUCUACUGUUCCACCUGCGAGAGCUUGACCUACACGGACUCGGCAACAAACAGACCCACUCCCCGACAUGUGACAUAAAUGGGCUUGGGUUGGACUAGCUUGUUUUUUUUGGGGCUUUUUUAUUUUAUUUUAUUUUUUUAGUUAUGAUAAAUUUAAAUUUUCAACAAUGCCUCAUGAUCAUAUUUUGUUUAAAGCUGUGGUGGUUUCCCUCUGCUCUGCCCCCCCCCCUCCCGCUGGGAUUUCUUUUGUAGUUAUUACUGCUGUCUCCAGUACGUUAUAUUGUUUGGUCUGCAUUAUUUAUUAGCUCAGAGAGAAGUACAAAACUGGGAUGUGAAACCUCUGUUUCAAAGCUUGAAUGCUUUUGCAGCUAAUUAGAGCAAAUUUCUCUAAACUUUGUUUCUGUGUACAGUGCAGGCAUUUAAUCAGUAUCUAUAUUCAGCACAAAUAUCAAAUUUGUGGUCGAAGUUUAAAUGUACUUGGCAAUUAUGAUUGUAGAUUAGCAUCAGACUUUAAUUGAACAAAUUAUGUAUAAACAGCUCAGGGUUGACAAAGGAAAUACAGUGGGACAGGAAGGAUCAUCAACAUCAACUGGUUGUCCCAUGCUUUGAAUCUACUUGGCAUAACUAUUGCUACCAUAUAUUCAGAAAAUAUAUUAAACCAUCAUAGCCAGAGUGGCUGGAACAGACUUCUAAAACAUACUGUACCCAAAAGAAUCCACCAGGAUCAGUGUACUGAACACAACCCAACUGAUGGUUGCACGUAGAAACGCUUCCCAAUAUCCACCUGUACCUGCCUUAAAAAUUGCUAAAUUGCUUUGCCGUGGUAACAUAGAAAUGAAUAAAUUUAGCAGAAACUGUAGUUUA